AACCCUAAAACUCGAUAACCCUUCUCACCGAUUCUUCGACCGCUCCUCUGCAACCUCGUCUCCUUUCCAACCCCAGCGGAAACCAGAGGUUCCCGAUCUCUGUCUGCCGACGAUGCUAAAAAUCAAAACCCCCAAGACGCAUCGAGCUAAACGUGAGAUCGAAAAGCGCGCUCCGAAAUUUGUUGAGAAUGGCAAGAAAACACUGAUACUUCAUGGCACAAAGACGAGUGAUGUGUUGAACACGGUGCUUACUCAAAUUUAUCAUUUGAAGAGAGAUAACGCUGUGAAGUACACAAAGAAGAAUGAAAACAUAAGGCCUUUUGAGAGUGGCGGCGAGACUUCUCUGGAAUUUUUCUCCCUUAAAACUGACUGCAGUCUUUUUGUGUUCGGUUCUCAUUCCAAGAAAAGACCAAACAAUCUUGUUUUGGGGCGGAUGUUUGAUCAUCAUAUUUACGAUCUUGUUGAAGUGGGAGUUGAGAACUUCAGACCAAUAGAAUCUUUUGAGUAUGACAAGAAAUUAACUCCGCGGAUUGGAUCGAAGCCAUUCUUUGCUUUUAUAGGAGAAGGUUUUGAAAGCGUUGAAGAGUUGAAGCACUUGAAGGAAGUUUUGCUUGAUCUUUUCAGAGGAGAGGUUGUGGAAAAUUUAAAUCUUGCUGGCAUAGAUCGUGUAUUUGUAUGCACAGCUCUCUCUUCAAGUACAGUGUUUUUAACCCACUGUGCUCUCCGUUUGAAAAGAUCCGGCACGGCAAUUCCUAGGAUGGAACUGGUUGAAGUUGGACCAUCCAUGGACUUGGCAGUUCGGCGGCAUCGGCUUCCUAAUGACAGCUUAAAGAAAGAGGCAAUGAAGACCACUUCUGAGCAACCUAAAAAGAAGAUUAAAAACGUAAGCAGUGAUGUACUGCAGGGUAAGAUAGGGAAGAUCUACAUUCCAGACCAAAAGGUUGGUGGUAUUACACUAUCAAGUGACGUUAAGGGACUGAAGAGGGAGCGACGCGAGGCUAAGAAAAGGAAAGUUGGAAUAGAGAACGAGGCAAAGAAAAGGAAGACGGCAUCGGAUUAAUGGGAAAGAUCACAAUUGUAACGAGUUACCAACGUGUUUCAGAUCCCAAGUUAAAGCUGGUAGUGCUGAUUGUUUUAUGCAACAACAUGUACAAGCUCAAUUGAAAUGCUUGUUGUCAUUCCUUUGAAGUGUGUUUUAAAAAUCCCCUGUUUAUUAGAAUUUAAGUAUUUUCAGAUGUCAACCGCUUUGAUUCUCGAUAUAAUUGAUAAAAUAGUUGGACAUGAUUGCAAUGAACAAAUGCAAUAUUCUUUUU